AUGAGUAUAGCUGCAUAUGCGUAUGAAGCUGACAGAGCUAAACGUUUAUAUUUUGGUCAAUACUCUCUCACACUUACUGACAAAUAUAUUGUUAUCAGUGAUGGAAAUACCGAGAAAUACAUAACAUGGAAGGACUAUGAAAAGUUUGACCCUAUUUUAACUCCAUGUACAAUGCCAUUCAUUGUAAAUGGUGAAGUUGUCAUGAAGAACGACACAACAGUAUAUAAGUCUGUAUAUGAAGCAUUAGAAUAUAUGUUGAAUUAUAAUCCCGAAAGAUUUGACCCAAGCACUACAUGUGCAAUGCCUUUUAUUAAGGACGGUGAAAUCGUAAGAGUUCCGGAUUCAACGGUUUAUACUGCUGUUCAAAACAGUUUACAAAACAUUUUAGCGAAUAUCUUUAAUUCAGAAACUACAGAAAUAAAAUUACCAUAUAUAACAGAUGCUAAAGAAAUUAAAUCAAAAACGACAACAUUAUUUACGUCACUUAAUGAUUUAAUGACUUAUAUCAUUAAUAUUCCUGCACCAACUACAGCAUUUGAUCCAAACUCGACGGUUUGCAGUGUACCUUUCAUAAAGUCGCAAACGGACUCUUUGAGUCCUGAAGGUCUUUCAGACCGAAGCGACCAGGGCGAAGCCCAUGACAGUUCAUUAAUUGUUUAA